AAUAUAUAAUAAAGUUAUGAAUGAGUUUAAUUAAAUGUUUCAAUAGGCAGUGGCAAUAAAAUCUCAUGAAAUGCAUUCAAAAAGAAAAGUAUUUGAAAAAUAGCCUUUGUUUAUAAAGGCAGGUUUAUAUUAUUUGAAUGAAUAUAUUGAAUAGAGAAAAUUAGAUAUAGAGUAAAGACUUAAUUUUGCAACUGAAUUAAAGGAGAAUGGAAAUAAAUUAUUUUAAUAAGGUAUAAAAAUAAAUGUAUUUACUUUUAAAGGUAAAUUUGGAAAUGCAUCUCAUGAAUAUGAGAAAUCAUUAAGUAUAUUUCUUUAUAUUGAGAAUAAAAAUGGUAAUUGGAAAAAUGAAGGAAUAGUAGAUGAUGAUUUAACAUAUAGGGAUGAUAAUAGUGAUUGGAGAAUAAUGGAUAUAAGAAUAAAAUUGUUGUUGAAUUUAUCAAUUUGUUAUAUAAAAGAGAAAUAAUUUAAGGAUGCAAUAGCAGCAUGUGAUUAUGUAUUGAAUAUAUAGGAUAAUGCAAAGGCAUAUUAUAGAAGGGCAAAAGUAUGAAUAUUUAAAAAGUUAGGCUAGAUUGGAUAAUAUAAAUGCAGAAGAGAGUGAUUAUAAAUAAGCAAUAGAAGAUUUAGAGAAAGCAUUAUAAAUUGAUGAUGAUGAGGCAAUACGAAAGGAUUUAACUAAAGCUAAAUUAGAAUUGAAAAAGAUGAUGAGAUCAAGUAUUGAAAUAUCAUAAAAUGUAAUGAAAAAUAUUGAAAAAACAUCUUUUAAAGAAAUAGAAUAAUCAUAAAAAUAAUAAGAAAUAGUUGAUGAAGAUUCAUCAUCAGAGGAAGAAGAAUGUGAAUAUAGUGAAGAUUGGAAAAAAUAUUCAUUUAAUACACUUUCAUAUGAACCAAGUUUUGAAGAAGACACAAGUAUUUAAGUAGCAGAGGAAAUCAAUGAACUUGGGAAAUUUAUUGAAAGUAGAGGAGUAUAGAUUUUACAUUUAUAUGAAACUCAAGGAAAACAUGAAGAAGCUGAAAAGCAUCGUCAAUUUUUAGCUUAAUUGAUGGCAGCUAAAAUGAAAAUUGAAAGAAUAAGUAAAUCUAAUUUUAGUAAACCAAUAAUAAAUGAAAAAGCAACAUAAUUUGGUAUUGAUCUAAGUGAUCCUAUUGUUUAAGAAGAAUUUUAACAAUUAUUCUAAUAAAAUAUGAGAGAUCUUAGAAAAUGGUUAAAAGAAUAGAAUUGGAAAAUGAGAAAGUCUAAGAUUAUAAAAAAGGUCAAUAAAUUAGCUAAAAAAGAGAAGGAAGUUAAAAUGGAAGAAGAAACCGGAACAAAUUCAAAAUAUGAUUUGUUAGUGUUAGGAAUUUGUGCUUUCAUUUUAUUGUUAAGUUUAUAUUAUUAUAUAUUUGAUUGAAC